UGCCACCGUAACACCUGACAGCGAUGAUGAUCUUGAAACCUUGAGCUCCAACAGGCAAGGAAAACAACAGGUAGGUGAGCAUGAUCUACAUAAUACAAACGAAGAUAGCUUCAGCGACGAUGUAGUAGGACCCAGUGAUGAAGACGAGGGCUUACUACGAGUGUUACAAGUGGUCAACCCAGACCCUGUCUGCCCUGCUCCCCCCAAAAAGAGAAAAAAAGUUUUUCACCCAGAUUACAAAUUUCGAAAAUUCAACCAAGGCACCCGGAGGAGUGGAAAAGACGUAGAGCUGCUAUAGCUCGGCAAAAGGGUGAGACUUAUACAUCAUAUAAAGGUGAAAUUGUUCCAGCAAAAUCUGUUGUAACAGGCAAUUUGUCCAGCAAAAUGUCGCCUCAAAUGUAAUGAGAAUAUUACUGCAGAAAAUCGAUGCCAAAUUUUUACUCAGUUUUAUAAACUGGAUGUUAAUGUGAAAAAUGCCAUUUUGUUUGGUUCUAUAAAACAUUUACCUGUAGGUAGGCCAAGAAAGGGGGCAGUAAAACAUAAAUUGGCUACUUUUAAAUACAGUGUCACAUUUCAUGGUAAACAGAUUUUUGUUUGUAAGAAUGCUCUUGCCUCGCUCUACCAAAUUGGUAAGAAAAAAAUUGAUUUGAUCCAAAAAUCAAUGAAAGUAGGUUCGUCUGCUCCUAGUCCUGAUAAAAGGGGCCGCCAUGACAACAGACCCCAUAAAACUCCUGAUGAAGUAAGUAGGUACAUUGAACAGCACAUCGCAAUGUUUCCUGCAGAAGAAUCCCACUACUCUCGAUCAGCAAACAUUCAUAAGAAGUACCUGUCUCCACUGCUUUCUAUUCCCAAAAUGCACAAAUUGUAUUUGGAACAGUGUGUUGAGGAUAAUGUUC